AAAUCAGUUACUAGUUUGCUCUGGAUUUCGACACAAUGUCUGCCUUUGUUGGUCUUCUUCUUCUAUCUGUGAUUGGAGUAGUGGUCAAUCAAUCCCAUCAUCCUGACACAGAUAAUGAUGAAGGAGAGUACAGUGGCCCGUUCGCAGGAAUCAUUGAUAGCUUCACUGGAAAUAUCCCCGACAAUAUUGAACAUGGGGCUGGUCGAACAUUCCUCAAUUUUUUUGGAAACUCGAAUAACAAACCCUGCAACUUGACUAAUGCCUUAGGGUAUGGAAAUGCCACUUGUACUAUAUAUUGUUUGAUAACUGGGUUUCAACUGGGCGGAAUAUGUUCAAGAGAUGGUUAUUGUACUUGUAUUUCGUAAAUUUGUUUCUAAUAUAAAAAAAAAAUAGAUAAAUGUUUAUUCCAAAAUGCAUCUAAUUGCCCGAUAAAACUGAACAAAACAUCAACAGAAUGAUUUUUUUUCGAGCUGCACUGAUUUUUCAUAAUUCAUAUGUACGUUAGGAGUUAGAAUCCAAAUUUUCACUGCUAAUAAAAUUGGAAAUGAAUUUAU